AUGUCUGGAAAGCAGAUCCUUCGUUCGGAAGUCGUCCUGGGGAAGUAUGGUCAGGCCCUUGCCGGCAGAACAGUAUUGAUAACCGGUGUAUCCGAUGAGUCCAUUGCUGGCGAACUCGCCAUCCAGCUAUCAACCGCCAACCCCAAGCUCCUGAUCCUCAGUGCCCGCGCUGAAUCGAAGGUGUCGUCUGUUAUGACCAAGAUCAAAGAGACGAAGCCAAAUAUCGAGACUCGCUUCCUCAACAUGGAGCUUGGUGAUUUGGAUGGGAUUCGAAAGGCAGUGAAAAACGACCUUGCUGAUGUUCCCAAGAUUGACCAUGUUGUUUGUGUGGCUGCCGUGAUGGCCUGCCCAUACAGCAAGACCAAGGAUGGUUUUGAGAUGCAAUUUGGCGUCAACUACCUGGCAAACUUCCUGCUUGCGAAGCUGCUCUUGCCUAAGGUGCAGGUUGCGGGCCCAUCGUCCUCCAUUAUCAUUGUGUCGAGCUCUGCUGCUCGAAUGGGCAAGAUCAACUUUGAAGACAUUGGCUUCAGCAAUGGAGAUACCUACGAGCCUAUGGCUGCAUAUGGACAGUCCAACGUCGCACGGAUCAUGUUUGCCAAGAAGCUUGGUGAGAAACUGAAGAGCCAAGGCAUCCGGGUAUUCAGCAUUGAUCCCGGUGCGGUCCGCUCUGGUUUACAGAAGCACUUUAAGCCCGAGUUCCUUCAACAAAUUGAAGAGUGGAGGGAAAUUGGCAGUCUGGUAGACCUGGAUGGAAAGGAGUUCAGCAUGUCUAAAUGGGCGAGCCGAUCUGAAGGCGCAGCCACAAUGAUUACUGGGAUGAUUGACCCCACCAUCGCAGAAUCGACUGGGUCCUUGCUCAACCAGAACGCCGUCGCUGAUGACGAGCUGCACAGCCAAUCUCGGGAUGAGCAGAAUUGGACCCGACUUUGGGAACUGAGCGAGGAUAUGAUCCAAGAGAAAUUUUCUUUAUAA